AUUCCAGUGUCACGUGACAUAAACAUUAAUGGCGGCGGCCGUGGGUCGGUGCGGUGCAGGGUUUGCACCAAGAGCAGGACUUAGCAGAUUCCUGCAGAGAGUUUCUCAUCUAACAAACUGCAGUCCCUCUUCAGCUCUUGUAUGUCAGCAACAUCACAGCUUCUUCUGGAAACAGAGGAAAAAUUCUCACAAUGUUGUUCAUCCAGCUUCUGUUCGGCCCCCCUACGCAGUACCAAAGCACAUUGUGCAGCCGGACUAUGUUGAUUCWGGACUGGUCCCAGAAUGGCCGGACUACAUAGAGAUCAAAGACCAAGAGCAGGUUAAAGGCCUUGCCAGAGCGUGUCAGCUCGCCAGACACGUGCUGCUGUUAGCCGGACGCAGUCUGAACGUCGGAGUGACGACAGAUGAAAUCGACUUCAUUGUGCAUCAGGAGACAAUCAAACACAAUGCCUACCCCUCCCCUCUCCGAUACGGGGGCUUCCCCAAGUCAGUCUGUACAUCUGUAAAUAACGUGGUGUGUCAUGGCAUACCUGACAGCCGGAAACUUGAAGAUGGUGACAUCAUCAACGUUGACGUCACUGUGUAUUUGGACGGUUAUCAUGGUGACACCUCAGAAACCUUCCUGAUUGGGCAGGUGGAUGAUGUUGGGCAGCGUUUGGUGGAGACGGCGAGGCGCUGCAGAGAUGAGGCCAUCGCCGCAUGCAAACCAGGCGCACGGCUCUGCGUUAUUGGAAACACUAUCAGUGAGAUAGCCAAAGCCAGUGGUUUUCAAGUGUGUCCCUAUUUUAUUGGGCAUGGGAUAGGCUCCUACUUUCACUGCCACCCUGAGAUAUGGCACUACGCAAAUGACAAUGACAUCACCAUGGAUGAAGGGAUGGCUUUCACAAUAGAGCCCAUAGUGAUGGAGGGGUCCACGGAGUUUAAAAUCUUGAAAGACAAAUGGACCGCCGUGUCAGUCGACAAUAAAAGGUCUGCYCAGUUCGAACACACGGUGGUGAUCACAUCUGAUGGCGUGAAGAUUCUCACCAAACUACCAGAAGAGGACAGUCUGGGACAGAAACCACCUGCUGGCUAAACUGUUAUUUUUAGCGUUAAUAAAAUACUGUUACACUAAAAA